AUGGUUAUUAAAGUAGGUUCAGGAGAAAUCGAUGAUCUAUCAACAUUAACCGUUCUCGAUAAAGAAAGUUUACUACGUGAAUUACGCGCUAGAUACAAAAAAGGAAUAAUCUAUACGUAUAUCGGAGAUGUUCUUAUUGCUAUAAAUCCAUUUAAACAAUUGAAUAUCUAUGAAAAGCAGCAACAUGAUCUAUAUAAAUAUGUUCAAUAUCGAAAUCAAUUAGUCCCACAUCUUUUUUGGAUUGCUGAUCAAGCGUAUCGAAAGCUUUGUUUAUCGAAAACGUCGCAAUGUAUUGCUGUUUCAGGCGAAAGUGGAGCUGGAAAAACGGAAUCAACAAAACUUAUUGUUUCACAUAUCAUACAUUGUUCAGGUGACGCUGGUGAUCGAGAAUUACAAAAUCGAAUUAUUGAAACGUCACCACUGCUAGAAGCAUUUGGAAAUGCUCAAACAUGUAUGAAUCAAAACUCCAGUCGUUUCGGAAAAUAUCUUCAACUAAAUUUUACUGACACGGGUCGAAUUAUCGGUGCGAAAGUUUAUGAGUAUUUACUUGAAAAGUCGCGCGUGGUUCAACAUGGUCCAGGUGAACGAACAUUUCAUUUUUUCUAUUAUUUAUUUGCUGGUUUGGAAAAAGAAACAUUAGAAUAUUUUUAUUUGGACGAUCCGGAAACUUAUCGAAUUUUAAAAGAUCCAUGCGGAGGAAAAGUAUUUCCAGAUCGAUCCGAUGUUGCAUAUUGUCGACAAAUGUUUAAUACACAAAAAGAAAUUAUGCAACGAUUAGGAUUUACUAGAGAAGAUAUUAAUAUGGUAUUUACGAUUCUUUCGGCAAUUCUUCAUUUAACUAAUAUUCGCUUUUCUCAUGAUGAGGAAACAGAUGGCGUCUACAUUGAAGACGAAUAUCCAUUAGAAGUUGUCUGCAGUCUACUUGUACUUGACCAAGAAAUGUUAACUAUGGCUCUCAUUUCGACGUUCAGUAUGACUAAAGAUGAACGUGUAAUAAGUUUAAAAAAUUUCGAUCAAGCUAACGAUUGUCGUGAUGCGCUUGCGAAAGCUUUAUAUGAACGUUUAUUUUCGUGGAUUGUUAAACAGAUCAAUAUUCUAUUGCAACCAAAUCGACGAUACAAUCAAACCGAUGAUAACAUCGAGCGUACAUGUUCAAUAUUAGAUAUGUCAGGUUUUGAAAACUUUCAGGUGAACAGCUUUGAACAACUAUGUAUCAACGUUGCUAAUGAACAUCUACAGUAUUAUUUUAAUGAACAUAUUUUUCUACAAGAAGAACACGAUUAUCGAGCCGAAGGCGUAUCAUGUCACAAAGUUCAGUUUCAAAAUAAUGAAGAUUUAAUUGAAUUAUUUAUGGGUACAUUGGGCAUAUUGGCAUUACUUGAUGAAGAAUCACGUUUUCCAAAAGCAAACGAUGAAUCACUUGUACAAAAAUUUCAUAGUCAUUGUAAAGCUCAUCCAAGAUAUAUUAAACCGAGAGGCAAUGAAUCGGCUUUUGGUAUUCAUCAUUAUGCCGGCAAAGUUGUUUAUGAUGCUCGUGGAUUUUUAGAAAAAAAUCGAGACAAUCUCAGUGCAAAUUUAAUUGAAUGUAUGGAAAAAAGUGGAAUUGAAUUAAUUAGUCAUCUAUUUCAUACGACUGAUGAUAUAAGUCAUUCGUCGGAUACUGGAAUAUCGUUGGCUUCGCAAUUUAAAAUAACGGAUAAUGAAAAUAAAUCUCAAUCUAUCGGUUUCCAAACAACUUGUCAUGCUAAAUCAUAUGAAACUGAAUGUACAAAAGAAAGUUUUAGUCAAAAAACUGCUAAAUUAUUUCGACAAGAUUCAAGACCAUUUACGAAAAGUUGCAGCGUUCCAAAGGAACGUUUUAGUCAAAACACGGUUACUCUUCAUUUUAAAGUAUCUCUCACUGAAUUGCUGGACAAAAUGAGAGAUGCUGAACCGUCAUUUGUCAGGUACGUGGGUCAAUAUGUAAAUGUCACAUUUACAUUCAGUCGACGAAUGUGUUGA